UUUAAUUGGCACUUUUUCUUUCGUCGGAAAACGCCUUUAGAAGGAUUGUAGCGGACGUCAGGCUACAAGUUAGCUUAACUUCACGUUAGCAUUGCUGAGUUCAGGGACGCUAUGGAAAAAGCAGCGUCGAAGCGGAUUUCAUUGAGUGGUUGCGGCGAGGCUGAGACAACCUUUGUAAAAAGUCAAUGUCAAGAAAAAAAACUAAAAACCGGUCCGAGAAUGACAAAGAAGUUCUUGAAGGACCACUGCAAGCAGAACAAACUGUAUUCUACGCCAUAUUUGAAUGACACGCUCUACCUUCACUUCAAAGGUUUCUCCACCAUUGAGAACUUGGAGGAGUACACCGGUCUCAAGUGUUUGUGGCUGGAGAGCAACGGCUUGCAACGUAUCGAGAACCUGGACGCUCAGAUUAACCUCCGCUGCCUCUUCCUGCAGCAGAACCUGAUCCAGAAGCUGGAGAACCUGGCCCCGCUGCAGAAGCUCUGCUCCCUGAAUGUCUCCAACAACUACAUCAACACCAUCGAGAACAUCUCCUGCCUGCCUCAACUCAGCACCCUGCAGAUCUCACAUAACAAACUGGAGGUUGUGGAUGACAUUCAACAUCUGAGCCAGUGUGGGGCCAUCACAGUUUUGGAUCUGUCCCACAACCUCCUAUACGAGCCAGACAUUCUUCCGGUCUUUGAGGCCAUGCCGGAAUUACGUGUUCUGAAUCUGAUGGGGAACAAAGUGGUGACCAGAAUUCCCAACUACAGGAAGACCCUCAUUAUCCGACUCAAGCAGCUCACCUUCCUGGACGACAGGCCGGUCUUCCCCAGGGAUAGAGCCUGCGCUGAGGCCUGGGCGCUUGGUGGCCUGGAGGGGGAGCGCAAGGAGAGGGAGCAGUGGGACAACCAGGAUAGGAAGAAAAUCCGGGACAGCUUGGAUGCUUUGGCGUUACUGAAGAAGAAAGCCCAGAGGAAACUACGUCUUAAAGAGGAAGCGGAGAGAGGUGAGCUUCAGUCAUCCCUCAUGUCCGACACAUCUUGUGAGGAAUCAUCUGCUGAGAACAUCCACAGCUUUGUGCAGAACUCCUUGGACGCCCAUGAGGAGUUUCUUCAAAGUCAAACAAUUCAGUGUGAUGCAAACCAUGGAAAUGAUGAAGACUUAGAGGCAGACAAGCUAGAGUCCGAAGAUAAGAUGUCUGAGGAAGAUGAAGAACAUCUUGAGCAGGCUGAUGGAAGUCAAGUAGAGGAUCAGGUUAUCUGUGAACUUCCAACAAUCGUAAACUGUGAGGAUGCACAUCAUGAGAACCAACUUCGUUUAGUCACGGAAGACCCGCAAGGAGCAAGUCCAUCGGAGACGGAACUGAAUGAUGCGGAGUUGCUGCAUGCCGAUGAUCUUGCCGAUCCAUCUUCUCCAAGCAUCCAAAGCUUAGUGCAGGACGCAUUAGUUGGCCAUGAAGGGUUGUCCAAAGAAAAUGAAGCAGAUCAGCUUGAUGAAGAUUUGGAGGCUGGAAGGAAGAUGUCUGAGAAAGUUGGUGAACAGACUCAGCAGGUCGACCAUGAAGAGAAGGUCCUCUGUGAUGAAACAAGAGAACCAACAAUUGCAAGUAAUGCGAACAAUGAAAACGAGAAGAAGCUUCCUUCCAUGGAACCCACUGAGCAUGUUGAUGUUGAUGAGCUUCCUGUUCUUGAGGAUGUGGAAUCACCUUCUCCCAACAUCCAAAGCUCAGCUCAGGACUCGCUGGAAGUCCAUAAAGAGUUCCUCCAAAGUCAAACAAGACCACUGUCCAAAGAAAACCAAGAAAGCAAAGCAGAUCAACUUGAUGAAGAGUUGGAGUCUGAGAAACUCGAUGAACAUGCUCAUCAGGUAGAUGUUCAGGACAAUCAGGUUCUCAGGGAUGAAACUAGAAGAGAACCGACAAUUGUGAGUCAUGCUAACGACGACCAACAGAAGGUUCUUGUAGCGGAGUUGGCGCUACAAAAUCCCAGCACUCUAAUGACUGUACAGGAGGAUGCACGGUUGCCGCAUGUUGAUGAUCUUGCUAUUCUUGAAGAUGCGAAACCACCUAGUCACAACUUUGUGUGGGACAAAGUGGACUCCCAUGAGAAGUUUCUCCAGAAACAAACAAAUCUAUCUGAAGGAAACCAGCAAAAUGAAAACCCUGAAACAAACCAUCUUGAUGACUUGGAGGCUGAAGAUGAAGAUAAAAUAUACGAAGCUGAAAGAGCUCAGCAUGCAGAUGGUGAGGAGGACCAGGUCCAUCUUGUCAAAGAACCAGAAAGAGAACUUCCAACGUUUGCAAACAAUGAAAGGAAGCAACAGGUCUCUGUCAGUGGAGACCCUCCCGAAGAGCUAAAGGUUCCUGCUUCCACGGGGUCUGGCGUGGAGGAAGCAGACCUUCUAUACAUCGAUGGGCCACCUUCUGCAGCCAUCUUUGUGCAAGACACACCGGAGGUCCAUGAGGAGUUUCUCCACAGUCAACCCAACGAAAACCAAGAAAUCUGCAAAGACUCCAAAUCAGAGCAAUUUGAGGAAAGAGGAGAGACACUGAUGGAAUUUGAGAUGUUUGAAGAACAUGCUCAACAAGCCGAUGGAGAAGAGUCUCAUGUUCCUUGUGAUGAAACAGAGGUUGAACCUGAAACAUUAAGCUACGAGGGCAAAGACCAGGAGAAUCAACAUCCCUCUGUGGAAGUAGAAGCUCCUAAAAACCCAGAUGAUCCUGGUCCUCUGGAGAUUGGACUGCAGGAACCACAAACAGUACACACAAAUAUUGUACCUGUUCUUGAGGAUGUAGAACCACCUUUUGAGAACAUCCAUAUCUGUGUGAAGGACAUGUUGGAAGCAUACGAGGUCUCAGGUCAAUCCACACCGCAACCAAGCAUCCAAAACUCAGAACUUGUUGAAGGUUUGGAGGCCAAGAUUGAAGAUAAGAUGUCCGAGGAAGAUGAACACGCUGAUGGAGAGGAGCAUCACGUUCUUGGUGAUGAAACGAAAAGAAAACCUAAAAUUGUGAGUCAUUUGAAAGAUGAACAUCAAACCCAGGGAGACUCACCCAAAGAACCGCUAAGUCCUCCUGGACCUGGGACUAGACUGGAGGACAUCGAGCCACCGCAAAUGUCUCUUCAUAUUCUUGGAGAUGUGGAAGCAUCUGCCCAGAACAUUCAUAGCGUUGUGAAGGACACACUGGAGACACAGGUGGAGACACUGCAAUGUGAUGAAAUCCAGGAAAAGAGUUCAGAGGUCAACACGUGUGCAGAUGAAGAUGAACAGACUCAGCAGGCCGAUGGAGAAGAGUAUGGACUUCCUGGUGAUGAAGCAGGAGGAGAAUCUACAACCGAAGGUCCAUGUCCACAGGAGACUGGACAGCAGGAUGAAGAACCACUGCAUGCUGAGGAUGCUCCUGCUCUCUGGGAUGUUGGAGAACCUGCUGGAAACAUCCAGAGCUUUGUGCAGGCCACAGUGGAGAACCAUGAGGAGUGUUUCCACAACCAGAUGACACAGCAGACCAAUGAAAACCAGGAAAAUGAAAAAGUCUUCAAAUCCGAACCAGAGCAGGAAGAGUUGGAGGACAAGACCAAAGAUAAGAUAUCUGAAGAAGAGGAUGAACUUCUUCAGCAGGUGGAUGAAGAUGAUAAUCAGGUUCUCAGAGAUACAGCAGUACAGGAGCUUCCUUCCGUGAGGGUAGAUCUCUCUGAAAAACCACUCACCUCCAGUACAACUGGGAUACAGGAAGUAGAGUCACAGCACCGUGACGAUGUUCCUGCUCUCCGAGAUGAUGAACAACCUGCUGGAAACAUCCAGAGCUUUGUGCAGGCCACAGUGGAGAACCAUGAGGAGUGGGUCUACAACCAGGAAAAUGACAAAGCCUUCAAAUCCGAACCAGAGCAGCUUAAGGAAGAGUUGGAGAACAAGACCAAAGAUAAGAUAUCUGAAGAAGAGGAUGAACUUCUUCAGCAGGUGGAUGAAGAUGAUAAUGAGGUUCUUGGAGAUCAAAGAGGAAGAGAUCUUCCUUCUGUGAGGGUUGAUUCUUCUGAAGAACCACAUUCUCCUCAUCCAAUGGCAACUGGGAUACAGGAAGUAGAAUCACAGCACCGUGAUGAUGUUCCUGCUCUCCGAGAUGAUGAACAACCUGCUGGAAACAUCCAGAGCUUUGUGCAGGCCACAGUGGAGAACCAUGAGGAGUGGGUCCACAACCAGGAAAAUAACAAAGUCUUCAAAUCCGAACCAGAGCAGCUUAAGGAAGAGUUGGAGGACAAGACCAAAGAUAAGAUAUCUGAAGAAGAGUUGGAUGAAGAUGAUAAUCAGGUUCUUGGAGAUCAAAGAGGAAGAGACCUUCCUUCUGUGAGGGUUGAUUCUUCUGAAGAACCACAUUCCCCUCAUUCAAUGGCAACUGGGAUACAGGAAGUACAAUCACAGCACCGUGAUGAUGUUCCUGCUCUCCGAGAUGAUGAACAACCUGCUGGAAACAUCCAGAGCUUUGUGCAGGCCACAGUGGAGAACCAUGAGGAAUGUUUCCACAACCAGACGACACAGCAGACCAAUGAAAACCAGGAAAAUGCCGAAUCAGAGCAGCUUCAGGAAGAGUUGAAGGACAAGAUCAAAGAUAUGAUAUCUGAAGAACAGGAUGAACUUCUUCAGCAGGUGGAUGAAGCGGAUAAUCAGGUUCUUGGAGAUAAAAGAAGAGAUCUUCCUUCUUUGAGGGUUGAUUCUUCUGAAGAACCACAUUCCCCUCAUCCAAUGGCAGCCGGGCUACAGGAUGUGGAACCACCUUCUGAUGACAUGCAGAGCUUCGUGCAGGACACACUCUUCAUCCACCAGAGUCCAACACAGCAUUCCAAUGAAGAACUGGAAGAAGAUUCAAAAUCAGACCAUCUUGAUGAAGGCUUGGCUGUUGAGAUCCACGUGAAGAGUUCUGAGGAAGAUGAAGAACAAGCUCAGUGUGUGAUUGGAGAGGAAGAUCAGGUUCUUUGCAUCAAAGCAGGAAGAGAAUCUUCAACCGUUGUAAUCCAUGGGAGUGAGCACCAUGACAACCAGCUUCCUUCAGUGAAGGUAGACCCUCCUAAAAGAACACAUUGUCCUGGUCCACUAGAGACUGGGCUACAGGAUGCAGACCCACUACUCAUUGAGAAUCUAACUGAUCCUCAGGAUGUGGAUUCACCUGGUGGUAACAUCUACGUUAUACAAGACACAUUGGAGAUCCAUCACAGUCAAACACAGCAAUCUGGAGAAAAACCAGAAGAUGAUUCCAAAUCAGAACAGCUCGAUGGAGGGUUUGAGGCCAAGAUCCAAGAUGAGAUGUCUGGAGAUAAAGAUGGGAAGGAGCAUCAGUCUCAAACCAGAGAACCAACUAUGAACCAGUCAAGUGAGGAGCAGGAUCAGAAGCCGCUCCCUGAGAGGGGAGAUUCUCCUGAAGAAGCAGAAGGUCCAUGCAGCCUGGAGACUGAACUGCCACUGAAAACUGAGCAUUUGGAACCAAAAGUUGAGAACUCAGAGAACUUCAUCCAGGACACAUUAGAGAGCUUCCAAAGUCAAACGCAGAAAUCCAACGAAAAACCUGAAGACUCUAAAUUAGAGCAUCUUCACAAAGAGUUGUCUGUUGAGAUCCAAGAUGAUGAAGAACUGCUUCAGCAGGUUCAGGUUCAAGUUCUUAGCAAUGACACAGCAAUUGUAAGCCACGAGAACCAGCUUCCUUCUGUGAAGGUAGACUCUCCUGAAGAAGCACCCGGUUCUGGUCCCCUAGAGACUGCACCGCGGGAUGCAGAACCACUUUUCAUUGAUGAUCUGCCUGAUCUUCAGGAUGCGGACCCUCCGAAGGAAAUGUUCUCACACCUACGCAUGUUUAAACCAAAAAUCCAAGUCCUGUCAGCAGAUGGAUCGGUCAUCAGUUCCUCAGAUACCGAGUUGUUUCUCUUAACAAGUGACUGCUCCGAGCCGACUGAACCUCCUCACGACUCAUCACUCAUCUAUCCAGAAGAUCUCCACCAUCACCUGGAGCCACUGCCUUUGGAGCUGGAGGAAAAAUGUGAGACAAUUCAAAUGUCUGCUCUGCGCUGCUUGAUUGUGGAGCUGGACUGAUGUCAUCAUCACCAUUGGAGUUCGUACGGUAGAUCUAUGAUGUCAUCAUCAUCACCAUUGGAGUUCGUACGGUAGAUCUAUGAUGUCAUCACCAUUGGAGUUCGUAAAGUAGAUCUAUGAUGUCAUCAUCACCAUUGGAGUUCGUACAGUAGAUCUAUGAUGUCAUCAUCACCAUUGGAGUUCGUACGGUAGAUCUAUGAUGUCAUCAUCACCAUUGGAGUUCGUACGGUAGAUCUAUGAUGUCAUCAUCAUCACCAUUAGAGUUCGUACAGUAGAUCUAUGAUGUCAUCAUCAUCACCAUUUGAGUUCGUACAGUAGAUCUAUGAUGUCAUCAUCACCAUUGGAGUUCGUACGGUAGAUCUAUGAUGUCAUCAUCACCAUUGGAGUUCGUACAGUAGAUCUAUGAUGUCAUCAUCACCAUUGGAGUCCGUACGGUAGAUCUAUGAUGUCAUCAUCACCAUUGGAGUUCGUACGGUAGAUCUAUGAUGUCAUCAUCACCAUUGGAGUUCGUACGGUAGAUCUAAUCAAAUCCUUACAAAUGUCAACUGAAAAGGACCAAAUAAAAUCUAGAAUCUAAAAAAAAGUUACAUUUGUAAUAGAAUUAUUAAGUUAAAAAAAUGAUUGGUACCUAGUCUAUCCAAAUAUAGUUAAUUAAUUAGUUAAUUUAAGUUAAUUUAAUCAUCUAAUUAAGCUUCAAUAUUAAAUUGUCCAUUUUU